AUGGCUCCAAGCACGAUCAGGAGAGCCCUUGGGGCAGUGAAGGAUCAAACCAGCAUUGGGCUUGCAAAAGUGGGUAACAGCGCCUCAAUCUCAGACCUUGAUGUGGCCAUUGUUAACGCAACCAGACACGAAGAAUACCCAGCUGAAGAAAAAUACAUUAGAGAAAUCCUAAGCUUAAUCUCCUACUCCCGAGCCUACAUUAGCGCCUGUGUCAACACCCUCUCCAGACGCCUAAACAAGACCAAGAACUGGACGGUGGCCUUAAAGACGCUCAUACUCAUCCAGCGCCUGCUUUCUGAAGGUGAUCCAACAUACGAGCAGGAGAUUUUCUUUUCAACACGGCGUGGGACUCGGAUGCUCAACAUGUCCGAUUUCCGUGAUGCUUCGCGAUCGAAUUCAUGGGAUUAUUCCGCGUUCGUGAGAACAUACGCACUGUAUCUGGACGAGAGGCUGGAGUUUAGGAUGCAAGGUAGGCGGAAACGGAGCGUGUAUGGGAUGGAUGAAGAAGAGGAGGAAGCUACUGCAAGAUCAACGCCAAUCCGUGAUAUGAAGACUGAACAUAUUUUUUCAAGGGUGCAGCAUUUGCAGCAGCUUCUUGAACGCUUUUUAGCUUGUCGACCAACAGGUUGUGCGAAGAACAAUAGGGUGGUGAUUGUGGCUCUAUACCCAAUUGUGAAGGAAAGUUUCAACAUAUACUACGACAUUACAGAAAUACUUGGCAUCUUAAUAGAUCGUUUCAUGGAGCUUGAGAUCCCGGACUCCGUCAAGGUUUACGAAAUCUUCUGCCGCGUCUCUAAGCAGUUCGAUGAACUUGACAUUUUCUACGGCUGGUGCAAGACCAUGGGCAUAGCCCGCUCCUCCGAGUACCCUGAAGUCGAGAAGAUAACCCAGAAGAAGAUCGACCUCAUGGACGAGUUUAUUCGAGACAAGUCUGCUUUAGCCCAAAGCAAGAGAAUAAAAAACCCAGCUGACCAGAAAAAGGAGAUAUCAACUGAAAAGCAAGAGGUUGAUGAAGACCAGGAAGUCAAAGAAGAUAUGAACGCCAUUAAAGCGCUACCGCCACCCGAGGGUUUUGAAGCUCCAGAGGAAUUAAAACCAGAGCCCGUCAGAGAACCCAACAAAGAUUUGAAACAAGAGGCUGAUUUGUUGAACUUGGGAGAAGAUGCAAUGACAUGCCAACAACAUGAAGACAACUUGGCUUUGGCUUUAUUCGACGGCGGUGUACCACCAGCAACAGUCUCUGCAACAACAACUUCAGCUUGGGAAGCCUUCAACGACGAUGGAGCAGAUUGGGAGACCGCACUGGUUGAAUCCGCCAGUCAUUUAUCCAACCAGAAAAACUCACUUCCGGGCGGUUUCGACAUGUUAAUGCUCGACGGAAUGUACCAACAAGGCAUUAUGUCUAAUGCAAUGAUCGCGGCUACUGGUUCGGGAGCAAGCGGGAGUAAAAGCAGUAUGGUAAUGGUACGGCCUUCGAUGCUAGCAUUGCCGGCGCCGCCGACGUCAAGCGGACAUAAGGGAGGAGGAAUAAACUCGGACCCAUUUGCGGCGUCGUUGGCGGUGGCGCCGCCAUCCUAUGUGCAAAUGUCGGAUAUGGAUAAGAAGCAGAGGUUGCUGACGGAAGAACAAGUAAUGUGGCAACAGUAUGCGAGAGAUGGAAUGCAAGGACAAGUUGGGUUGAGCAAGAUACAACAACCACAGAAUUAUAAUAUGGGAAUGGGAGGUUAUGUGCCGCGCUAUUGA